AUGAAUAGACCACGCAUCCUAUAUAACGGCCUACGGCGCCUUGCUUGCAGCCCGGCCGCGCGCCGGACCUACAUUACAAAAGCUGACAUUGCCGGUGCCCGCAAGUACUGCGCAACAGAAUUAGAAAAAGGCGACUACGAUGCACACCUCAUUCGGCGAUUCGCGCAACCGGCGCAGGACAUGUACACGGCCCUACGUGCGCUCAACCUCGAGCUCGUCCGCCUCCCCGACAUUGUGUCCAACCCAACCAUUGGCCUGAUGCGCAUAAAGUUUUGGCAAGAGUCCAUCGACAAGACCUUUGCCGGACAGCCGCCGCGCGAGCCCAUCUGCAUAUUGCUGCACCAGGCGCUGCUGUUCAUGGACCAAUUUGCCGAUGCCUCGAGCAAGAAGUCGCUCAAAUUCUGGAUUUCACGCCUCAUCCGCACACGCGAGAAGCACAUGGAUAACCGACCGUUUACGAGCCUCGCCACACUAGAAGACUAUGCCGAAAACACCUACUCUACCAUGAUGUAUGCGACACUGGCGAGUUUGGGCCUGCGGUCCAUGGACGUGGACCAUUUAGCCAGCCACAUUGGCAAAGCCUGCGGCAUCGUCGCCGUCCUGCGCGGCGUACCGCUCCUAGCUGCGCCCCCCGCGCCCAUCAAGACGCCAAGCGGCGACGUCCCGCCCACGCGGGACCCCUCGCUGCUGCUGCCGCUCGACAUCAUGGCCGAGGAAGGUGUCAAGGAGGAGGAAGUCUUUCGCCAGGGGCCCGAUGCACCAGGACUACAAGAUGCCGUAUUCAAAGUCGCCACGCGCGCCAACGACCACCUCAUCACGGCGCAAGAAAUGCUGAAGCGGCUGCGAGCCGGCGAGGACGCAGGCCACGAAUUUGAACACGAGGGGGAGGGCGCGCACGUGUACGAGGCAGAGGGGGAGAGUGACAGAGCGAGGGACCUGCAUCGUGGAUUCCGUGUGCUGCUGGAAGCGGCGCCGGCCACGUACUUCCUGGAAAGGCUAGAACAGGCCAAUUUCGAUCCAUUUGCCGUAAAGCCUGCGGGCUGGAGACUGCCCUGGCGAGUCUGGCAAGCACUGUCAAAAGAGCAGCUGUAA